AUGUGUGGCAUCUUCUUCUCGCUGAGCACCGAGGAGCACUGCUACCCGGGCCAAUUGACCGAGCAGCUUAUCCGAAACAGAGGCUCAGACAGUGUUCAGACGCGCUGUGUCACUGUCGCAGAUGAUGAGACCGUCUACCUGACAUUCACGUCCUCCGUGCUAGCGCUGCGAGGAGACUCUACACAGGCGCAGCCACUGGUAGACGAAGAGAGCAAGUCUGUCUUGUGCUGGAACGGAGAGGUGUGGAAGUUUGCAGACCGGCCGCUGGAAGGAAACGAUACGUACGCAGUGUUUCAGUCGUUUCUGGACGCGGUGAAGCCGUGCAAUGGCGAAAGCACAGAAGAUACGCUGAAGAAGCUCUGUGUUGCAAUUAACAAUAUCUCAGGCCCGUUUUCGUUUGUUUUUUACGAUAAUUAUGCGUGCAGGUUGUUCUACGGAAGAGACUAUUUGGGUCGACGCUCGUUGCUUCAGGGAUGGAAUAGUGAUGGACACUUUAGACUAUCCAGUGUCCGAGAUGAACAUGCGUCAGACUACUUUGAAGAAGUAGAUACUACGGGGAUACAUGUCAUUGAUCUCGCGGAUCUCGCUGAGCAGAAUGCAGCAACCAGAGCUGAAGCACCUAAGUGUCCUGUCAAGAUCACUAUCAUCCCAUGGUCCCCUGAUCCGUCGUCUUCGAGUCUUAAACGGCCUGUCCCUGCUAUGAACACUUUUAUUCCCGAGAGCGAUUCACCGCCCCAGUUAUCCAUCGAGUCACCGUGUAUCAGUACACUACAAGAGAAACUGCGGGAGUCGCUUGAACUACGGCUUACGACAAUACCGGGGAUACUCACUUCUCCGGACCCAAAGGUCGCCGUCCUCUUUUCCGGCGGGCUCGACUGUACUCUACUCGCAAGAUUGGCGCACGAUAUACUACCCGAUGCUGCGCCUAUAGACCUUCUCAACGUAGCCUUUGAGAAUCCCCGAGUUGUAGCGGCAGCCACAAAGAAUAUGACGGCCGGCGCUUCGAUAUCAGUUUAUGACGAAUGUCCCGAUCGGAAGACUGGAAUAUCUUCAUAUCACGAGUUGAAACGUGUCUGCCCGAGCCGGAAAUGGCGGUUCAUCCGCAUCAACAUUCCAUAUACCGAGACCAUCGAGCACCGCUCGCAUGUCAAACACUUGAUGUCCCCGCAUAACACGGAGAUGGACCUUUCCAUCGCCUGUGCUCUCUACUUCGCCGCGAGAGGCAAGGGAACCUACCAUCCCGAUGCAGACAACGAUGGAAAUGAGACUCCAUAUACCACGCCCGCUCGCGCCCUACUGUCGGGUCUAGGCGCUGAUGAGGUCUUCGCAGGCUACAGCCGCCACUCCAUUGCAUUCUCACGACAGGGAUUCCGUGGCCUAAUCGACGAGGUACAGCUUGACGUUGGCCGGUUAGGUAAACGCAACCUAGGCCGUGACGACCGUGUUAUCUCGCACUGGGGCAAGGAAGCGCGAUAUCCGUAUUUAGAUGAGGCAUUUUUAACCUGGACGCUAUGUCGGCCUAUGUGGGAGAAGUGUGGGUUUGGUUGUGUGAAGGCAGAGGGUGAGGUUGAGGUUGAUGUAGAGGACGGAAAGAAAGCGCUGCGUCUCAUGGCGUGGAAGCUGGGUAUGCGAGAUGUGGCUAGGGAGAAGAAGAGAGCUAUACAGUUUGGGUCCCGCACGGCGAAGAUGGAAUGCGGGAGGGUUAGAGGGACGCAUGUCCUUGAAUAA